UCUACCUCCGCAGGCUAGAUUAUCUGGAGUCAUACCAGGGAGGCCUUUCGGGGAGAAGUCGGGUAUUCGCUCUCAAUCUACACUGUUUUUGUCCUCCUCCCCGCACCUCUAUUCUCCCCGCAAGUCGAGAGCUUUUGCGUGGGUCGCUACUCGCUUCGCCAUGUCGGGCAAGGCAUCGGAGCAGGAAAUCAGCCAGUCCGUGCUGGAUUUCGUGAAAGAUGGUGCCUAUCCGGACUCGGAGCUCAUAGUCGCCUCUGGCUUUCCUAUAUCUAUCCUAUCGAAGGAAUUGGAGCUCAUAUCCAAAGCUAGGGAACAAGUUGAAGCCGAAAUCAGCUUUCUUAGUCGCGAGAAUAACUUCGACGCUGACGGUUGGAUCUCGCAAGCGAAACAGCUCCACGCGGACAUCGAACGGUCCAGAGUCACUGCCCGGGAGAUUGUCGAGCAACAUGAGAAAACGAAUCCGCUCCAAUUGAGGGUGGAGGACGCCUCCGCCAAAGUUGACUUGAUCGAGACCGAAAUUGCGUUCAACCAGGCCGUGGCUAGUGCUUUAAAGGAGGUACAAAGUCUCUGUGGACAACUCGAUGAGGGUCGGACAGCUCUUGAUGAGGGCCGCAUCAUGCCAGCUAUUGAGAUAUUGGAAGCUACUGAGCAGGCUAUCACCCAAAGCAGUCACUUUUCAAACACGAAUGUCCUCCAUAUCUUGCUGGAAAGUGUUGCUGGGCUGCGGAAAGAUGUUAUGGAGGCUGUUCGUAAUCGUUGGAAUAAACAACUUAACAUUGACAAAACGGAGGGAAAGAUGGUUGUAUCGGACAACGACGGCGAUUCUUUGGAAGAGACUAUUGUGGCUUUGACUAGGCUACAGAUGUUCUCUGCGACAAGAGAUUUGUUUCAAAAGGACGCGAUGUCCAGUAUAGUUGACCCUAUCUUGCUGCCUGCUGUGCCUGAAUACAGUCACGGACUCCGCAUUUCGGGAUCUUCAAUUCACCUUGAACCGCAGCCAUCAACUGCCUCGGUUUCGGAGCUUCUUGACCGCAUAGUCAACGUUCUAGGCUUUAUGCGACAGUCCCUGCCACCAUCAAUUGCGGACUCAUUCUCGGAUAUUUUCAUCCCAAAUCUGUCCUCAAAAAUAAUCGAAUUCUGGUUGUCACCUGCGAUCCCAACCGAACUGGAAGGCCUGAAACAAUUCGAGGAAAACCUCGAUCACGUCCUCGAGUUUACGAAAACCGUAGAGAAUUACGGCUGGCAUGGCCAAGAAGAACUGGUCUCUUGGAUUAAUCAUGCCCCUCGCCUCUGGUUGGCUAGACGGCGGGUGGAUUCAUUAGACCAGGUUCGCAAAAUUCUUGCUGCUUCCCAAGGUAUUACAGAACAAGUUGAGAGGGUUGAAGUUGAGAAAGUCUCCGAAAGCGAUGGAGCCUUACUGGAGAACGCUACAUCUGAUGACUGGGAUGCUGGCUGGGAUGAUGACAAUGACGACGGCUCCAAAGAGAAGCAGGCUGGUAUCAAAGAAGAUGAAGAAGAUGUGAGCGCAUGGGGACUCGACGAUGAUACCGAAGAACACAACACACAAGUCAAACAAACUACGGACGAUGACGAUGAAGGCGAUGCUUGGGGCUGGGGGGACGAUGAUGAAGAACAACCUACUGAUAAUUCACAGCCCAAGGCGUCGGUUGCAACUAAAACUGUUAAUGGUAAGGGAGCAGCUCAGCAUGCCUCUCCGCGAGAGGUCAUCUUGAGAGAAAAGUACACCAUAACAGACAUUCCCAACUCUAUACUGGGGGUUGUCAGGCAGCAAGUGAAAGACUCUGAGGUUAUAUCUCAACCUGUACACAGCCAUUCACGUAUCAUCUCCUCUGGAACGGGACUUCUUGCCCUUCCAACCCUGAUACUCGCAAUGUUCAAAGCCACUGCGUCGACUUUCUACGGCCUCAAAUUGAGCUCUGGGCAGAUGUACUUGUAUAACGACAGCUUGUACCUCGCUGACCAAGUGCGUAAUAUCAUGGAGGAGCACCAACUCACAAGACUUCAGACGGAUAUCGACGCACUUGAGAAAUUCGGCAAAUUUGCCUACAGCAAGGAGAUGCAGACUCAACGCACGAUUGUCACUGACCUGCUCGAUGGUGCACAGGGUUUCAGUCAAUGUUCGGAGCAGCCAUUCCUUGGUGAAUGUGAGAACGCAAUUGGCGCAACUGUGGACAGAAUCCGUGACGUUUUUAGAGAAUGGCAGCCGAUUCUAUCACAUUCUGCGCUUCUGCAGUCGAUUGGCUCCCUGGUAUCAACGAUGAUCAGCAAGAUAAUCAUCGAGAUUGAGGAUCUAGGUGACAUCUCAGAACCCCAAUCCCAGCGGCUUGUGUCAUUCUGCAACCAAGUGACCCAGUUAGAGGAUCUGUUCAUACCAGAGGCCUUGGACAACACCGAACGUUUGCCCAUGACGGCCGUCUACGUAAGAAAUUGGCUGAAGUUCCAAUAUCUCGUCAAUAUUCUGGAAAGCUCUUUAGCUGAUAUCAAGUUCCUUUGGGUGGAAGGAGAGUUGCGCCUCGAAUUUUCGCCAGAAGAAGUGGUAGAUCUGAUUGAAGCUCUUUUUGCCGAAUCCGACUACCGACGAAAGGCAAUUGCGGAUAUCCGAAGGGCAUCCCGAGGUCAAUGAAGUUUUCAAUUUCAUAUAUGUAUAUAAAACUUGGAGAUAGCUAGCCAUUAU